AAUCAUAAUCCUUCACGUCAAAUUUUUUAUGUAAAACUCGACAAUAAGGAAAGUGCAACCUUGUGGUAUAAAAAAUAUGACAAUAUUUUAGAUAUGCGUGCAAUAUAUGUUCCUAAGAAAUUUGAGAAUCGAGGCGGCCUUUACGUAUGCUAUCAUUAACGAUUACUACUUAAUACUCACGUGUGGAUAUGUUCAGAAUUUAUAUAUUAUGAUAAAAACUCCAGAUCUUCAAGCACGAGUUGUUGGACCACCCAAAGUUUUGGAAAAGUCUUGAAAUUAACAAUAAUAAAAUGGAUAAUUUAAAUGAAUCUGACAUUCAAGCAGUCAUUAUUUGGCACUGCCAACAAUAUUACUACAAUGCGAUGCUUCAUCAUGCAAAACAAGCAUCUCAAAAUUUCCCAUCUAAUGAAAAUAUUAAAAUUUUACUUACUGUAGCUUAUACCCUAACUCAUCGCUUUCAAGAAGCAUUACAAGAAAUAUCUGAGCUCACUACCAAUGAAGAUACAGCAAUACCAGCUCUCUUGAUUGAAACUUUGGUACAUCGAUUAAAUGGAAAUAAAGAUCGAGGACGUGUAACUCAAAUUGAAUCUAAAAUUCGUGAAGAUCGGCGUACAGCUUCUUCGACAGCUCUAAUACGAGCUGCACUUGUUUUAUAUUUAUUCAAAAAAUUUGAUAAAGCCAAAGACUAUGCUGAACGAGCAUAUAAAGUUAAAGCUAAUGAUCCAGAGAUAUUAAUUAUGAGUGGAUGGAUCGAUUUACAUUUUCAUAAAGGUGCAAAUGUUAACUAUUUUGGUUUAGUUCCCAAAGACAGUAGUAGAAAAUUAAAUGUCUUACUUGGAACAGCCAAAAUGCAUGAGUUAAAAGAAUCUCAUGAACAAGCAAUUUUAAUUUUGAAUGCUCUAAUCGUCCGAUAUCCUAAGCUUUAUUUACCCCUUGUGGAGAAAAUGAUAAAUCAGUUAGCUACAAAAGAUUGGGAUCAAGCAUUAGAAACUGCAAAUAGGAUUUUAUCGAUUGAUACAAAUAAUAUUGAUGCAAUGAAAGCUAAAGCUGUUGUUACUUUAUGUCGUGAUGGAGAUUACGUUACAGGCUCCAAAAAUAUACAGUCUUAUUUUCGUAAUCUCUUACUUGCUGAACAAAAAAAUGUUCAGGUUUUUGUCAAUGACAUUCAAUUAUUUUCUCGAAUUACUAAUCGAGAUUCUGAGCCUUUAAAUGAACUUGCAAAAAUUGCAGAGAAAUUCGUUCAACAAAAUUCAAGUGUCUCUGAACCGAUGAUAGAGCUUGGAAAUAUUUUUUUAUAUAUGAAUAAACUCAUAGAGGCUGAGCAUUGGUAUAGAAGUGCAAUACGAAUUGAUGAAUCAUCUUUUGCUGCUUUGAUGGGCUUAGCUCACUGCCAGGUUCUUGAUACUUCUCCUGAUGCACUAGAAUUAGCACGUCAACAAGUUGAUUUUUUGAUAGAAAAUCAGCCUAAUGUAAAUGAUUCUAGACUUUUUUUCAUGUCAGCUAAAAUUUGUCGACAUGACGCUGCAAAAGCUCUAGGUUAUUUAAAUAGUGCAGUUAAAAUAAUCCUAGAUAAAUGCAAAAAUAUUUCUUAUAGCUAUACAUAUAUUAAAGAAUUAAAUCCCGACUUCUGUUUGGAAAUUGUCAAUGAACUUAUUCUUCAUUUACCAACAACAGAAGGAAACAAUGACACUAACCUCAGACUGGAGAGUGAAAAACAGGUUUUAACAUUGUUAAAAAAAGUAGUUGAUGCAUGUCCAGGAUUUGGAGAAGCUUAUUUGUUACUUGGAAGAGCUAGCAUGCAGAUUGGUGAUUAUGAAGAAGCGUUAGCUGCUUUAAAAAAAUUAUUGGAUGCUGUAGACCCAACGAAUGCCAGUGCACAUUUAUUAAUGGCUCAGAUUUUUACUCGUCAAGGUAACUACCAAUCAGCAUCUCAAAGUCUAGAGGUAGGAUUGAGUUACAACUUCAAGGUUCGAGAUGAUCCAUUAUAUCACUUAAUAUCUGGUAUCGUUGAAAAAAAUACUGGUAAUUUACAAGCUUGUAUAGAAAGUCUACGUACGGCGAUGAAAUUAAUGGACAUGAAGACAUCAAAAGGUUCAUCAGUACCUACUCUUUCAUCUUCAGAUAAAACAACACUCUAUCUAGAGCUCAUAUCAGCUUAUAGUAAGUUGAAACAAUUCGAUGAAGCAGCAGCAUUGAUGAGCGAGGCUAAAAUGCAAUUUGUAAAUACAGUUGAAGAAGGAAGAGUAAUUAUAGCCAAUGCUGAUCUCUGUUUAGAUAUAGGAGAUAUUGAAAAGGCAAUUAAUUAUUUAAAUGAUGUACAACCUGGUGAACCUUACUAUCUUCAAGCUCACACCAAACUUGCAAAUAUUCAUUUGCAUAGAAGAAAAGAUAGACAAGCAUUUGCCAAGAGCUUCAGAGAAUUGGUUGAACACUGUCCAGGUCCAAUGACAUAUAGUAUGCUAGGAGAUGCUUAUAUGGCAAUUCAAGAACCUGAUAGAGCAAUUGAAGCCUACGAACAGUCAUUGAAAAAUAAUCCCAGUGAUAUAAUUCUUGCUAACAAGAUGGGCAAAGCGCUCGUUAAAACUCAUCAGUAUGAAAGAGCGAUAAAUUAUUAUAAAGAAAUAAUCAAAAAUAAAGGAUGUGCAGAGUUAAAAUUAGAUCUAGCAGCAUUAUUUAUGCGAAUGAAACAGCAUGAAAAAGCUGAAAAUAUUUUAUUACAAGAAUUACAAGAAGGCAGAACUGCAACUGAUUUAUCAGGUUUAGAAUUAAGAGGAAAACAACUCUUAUUACUUGCUAAAGUAAGAGAACGAGCUGGAAAUAUUCCAUCAGCAAUAUCUACUUUAAAAGAAGCAAAAGAAAAUCAAAUUAGGUGCAUUCAAAGAGCUACAAUCGGACCUGGAGUUACAAACCAAAAACAAGUAUUGGUGGACAUUUGCCUAACAAUGGCAGAUCAUUCAACUGCGCUGAGAGAUUUUGAUAGUGCUAUUUCUCAUUACAAAGAUGCUCUUCAACACAAACCUUCAGAUAUUAAAACACUCUUGACGCUUGCAAAACUUUAUAUGCAGGUGAACGAUCUAGAUAAAUGUGCUCAGAGUUGUACAGCAUUAUUGAAUGCAGAUCCUGAUAAUGAAGCAGCUACUGUAAUGAUGGCAGAUCUAGCUUUUAGAAAGGUAGACUUUGAAACUGCAGCAUUCCAUUUUCGACAAUUAUUGUUGAAGAGACCAACUUAUUGGACAGCUUUAGCACGAUUGAUUGAAGUUUCCCGUCGCACUGGUAAUAUUAGUGAUCUGGACGAAUGGUUAUCAAGAGCAGAAUCCGCAACGGAAAGUUCAAAUCGUGAUGCUGGAUAUUAUUAUUGUUCUGGUUUGAGAGAUUGGCGAACUGGUAGAUUAAAUUCAGCCUUACGAAAUUUCAACGCAGCAAGGCGAGAUCCUGAGUGGGGUCAACAAGCGAUUUACAAUAUGAUAGAAAUUUGCUUGAACCCUGACGAUGACUCCGCGCUAUCCAGUGAUGCUUUCACUGAAGAGGAUGCUGAAUAUCAAGAUUCAAGAACAAUGGCCUUAACAACUGCUCAGAGAUUACUACAGGAAUUAAAUCCAAAGGGAAGCCCUCAUGAGAUACUGACUCAUCGAUUGUUGAGUAACUUUUUGCUACUCGCAACAAAAAUAAAAUCUAAUAUUGAACGAGCAUUACAAGACUGCACAACUCUGGCAAGUCAAGACACUCUUCGAGAUCAUGUAGGUCCAGCUUUAGGUCUUGCUACAGCUCAUAUCCUACUUAAACAAACUCCUCGUGCAAGAAAUCAUCUUAAACGUGUUUCAAAGAAUGUUUGGACAUUUGAAGAUGCUGAAUAUCUUGAGAGAUGUUGGCUUUUAUUAGCUGAUAUUUACGUUCAAUCAAAUAAAUACGACCUUGCUAAUGAAUUAUUAAGACGAGUUUUGCAACAUAACGCGACAUGCGUCCGAGCUCAUGAAUUAUCCGGACACAUUGCUGAACGCGAGCAAAACUACAAAGAAGCUGCAACUCGAUAUGCUCAAGCAUGGAAAUUUGGUGGUAAAACAAAGCUCUCGUUAGGAUAUAAACUAGCCUAUUGUUGUUUGAAGAGUAAAAGAUAUGCUGAUGCUAUACAAGCAUGUACUGAAGUAUUGAAACAAAAUCCAAAUUUUCCAAGAAUAAAAAAAGAAAUUCUUGAAAAAUCUGUCAAUUAUAUUCGUACUUGA